AUGAGCUGCGGCCCCGGCAAAGAGAGACAGGUACGAACGUUCGUCUCGAUUUUAGCGUCCACGCCGUGCUUCAACAGCAUCUCCACCACCUCCACUCGGCCGGAGCUGCAGGCGCUGUGCAGUGGUGUCGUGCCAUCCUGCGGGUCCAUGCACCGCCACAACCACCACCACCACCAUGUUGCACAUCGCCAGACCCAGCACCACAAUAUCAACAAAAGCGCCAGCAAAAGUGAGAAAGGUCAAGCACGAAGCAAGGUCAAUCACGAGACCAGCGGAAAUAAAGCAGGCCAACGAAAGCGUUGCGGGGCGCAGAGCCCAGCAAAAAAUGCAGACACAGCAAGUACAACCCAUGAGCUGCGGCCCCGGCAAAGAGAGACAGAACUGCAGGCGCUGUGCAGUGUUGUCGUGCCAUCCUGCAGGUUGAUGAGCCACCGCCACAACCACAACCACCACCAGCAACACAAUAUCAACAAAAGCGUCAGCAAAAGUGAGAAAGGUCAAGCACGAGGCAAGGUCAAGCACGAAGACCAGCGAAAAUAA